UUCAGUUCAGUUAGCAUUGCCAACUGCUCACGAACGGUUCGAAAAGCGGAGCGCGCGUAAAAUCAUUUAGAAACUCAUUCAAAAGGCGGAAAACUCAAGUUGCAGUUCUUCAUCCAUCUCCACCAGCAAUCUCUGGCAAAACUCGGGCAACAUGAGCUGCGGAAUCUCCAUGGUUAAAUAUAUCCUAUUUAUAUUUAAUUUGCUCUGUUCGAUAUGCGGCAUCUUGCUGAUCGUGUUCGGAGCUCUGCUGAUCAGCAAAGUCCACAGCAUCGAUGACUUCGCGGAGGCCCUGCGCACGCAGCAGGUGCCCUUGACGAUGAUCAUCCUGGGCGCCAUCAUCCUGCUGAUUUCCUGGUUCGGCUGCUGCGGAGCCAUUCGGGAGUCCUACUGCAUGUCCAUGACGUACUCGAUCUUGCUGUUCGUCCUGAUGAUUGGCCAACUCGCUUUGGUGAUCUACAUGUGGGUGCAGAAGGACAAGUACCUGGAGAUCAUGGGCGACGUGGUCGAGAAGGCCUGGGACAAUCGCACCCGUCGUUCCGACUACAUGGACGCGAUUCAGAUCAGCAUGAAGUGCUGCGGACGCAGUGGCUACACCGACUACGCCUUCCAGGGCAAGUUCCCUCCCUCCUGCUGCAGCGACACCAACAACUGCCGCCGGGAGACCGUCUACCAGCGGGGAUGCAAGGUCACCUUCGUCGAGUUCUGGGACAGGAACAGCGACAUCAUCAAGUAUGCCGGUCUGGUCAUCGCCGCCAUCGAAUUCGUGGGAUUCGUUUUCGCCUGUUGCUUGGCGAACAGCAUUCGAAACUAUAGACGCCGUGCGGAAUAUUAAUCGACAAAGGACUAAGGCCCUUCACUAAUUUUAACUGAAACCGAAAGUACGAAUUAUGUUGCCCAAUUUUACGAAUAUUUACCUGAUACAGAUGGCCAUUAAAAUUCGCAUAAUCUCAAGCGUAAGCGGCAAAUGCAGCAAAUCCAAUGACGAAUGCGAAACGAUCCCUUUUGUAAGAUCGUUUGUUCAAAGUUACACUGAAUGUGCUAAUAUGUUUAACUGUACAAAAUAAUUUAUACUCCUGGAGAUUGCAAUAAACGGAGAAAUUUAUUUACAAUUCACGAAAA